GCCUCUCUCAGCCAUUAUUAGCCAUACAUUAAUUAAAAAAGCAAUCUCUCUCUCUCUCUCUCUCUCUCUCUCUCUCUCUCCGCUGAUCACAGAUUCACAAAUCACAACAGAGAGAUGACGACAGUCAGGAGGAGUAACGGGGAGUCGCCGGAGAGGAAAGGGUAUGUGCAUAGCCAGGUGCUGCGGAUUCGGGAGGAGGAUUCGCAUGUUGGCCAGGAUUUCCUUGACGUUUUAAAAGGCUCCGGCUCCGGCUCCGGCUCCGGGGUUGACAAUAGUAACUAUAACUUGAUGAUCAAGAAUAUGGUGGCUGCGGCGGCUUCGUCGCCGGUGAUCAUGAAUGAUGGAGUAGUGGUGUUGUUGACGAGACCGAUGUUGCCUUCCUCCCCUCUCAGCCGCAAGACCACCGUCAAUUGAUUAAUCAAUCAGCCCCCGUCACAGGUAGAAAUUUGUUCCUUCGUCGUUUUCCUGUUCUGUAUAAGUAAGUCUUAGUUUUCAGUUUUUCCGUGAUUUAAAAUGGAUUUUGAGGUUGAGAUGAUUUUGUUUUUCUGCGUGCAGGGCAGAAGAACAGGGAGAGAUCGAUUGGCGGAUGAGGGAGUUGGUGUUUGUGUUUUUCUUUUUGCUGGUAAAUUUUACGUAGCUCUAGGUCGUGUCAUCGUGUUUUGUCUUGGUUUUUUUUUUUUUUUUUUUUUUUUUUUGUCUGGUAAUUUGAGAGCAAGAAAGAAAGUGAGAGGAUGGUAGUAUCAAGUAUGUAAUUAGUACGUGGAAGUCGUCCGUUCUUGUAUAUUGUACAGAACUGAGAUGCUAUUUUCUCUUUGACCAAAACCGAAAGAGACCUAUAUAUAUAUGCUCCCUUGUGUUUAUCUAUGUGUUUAUCUAUUUUGUAAGUAUUAUUGUUUCUAUUUUUGUAUUCGUCUUAGUGUAUGCUUUUAAAUUAUUGGUCAAAAAAAUUAUGAUUUCUCAUAAAUACUCGACAAAUUCAUAAGAACUAAUCAAUUUUACGUAUUUAUAAUUAUAUUGAUGAUCACUAAGACAAUCAAAAUAGUAGAAUAAGACAACCAUACUCAAGGUCGCACCAGGCUGACUCCAUUCCUUAACACUUCCAUGAGUUCCAUACCAAACUUUCUGCUGGUAGAUGGAUAAUAUGUUGUUGAUUAGUCAAAGAAUUAUGCUUUUUGGCUUGAUGAUUUUUGGGCUAAAAGUCUGAGGGGGGAGGAAAUAAGCAAUUGGGCUCUGAUUCCCUUCUUGGUUGGUUUUAACGGACUGGAACAAGUUGGGCCCUUAGAACCCGCUUGGACCAGAUAUAUGUCGAUCCACAUAUGAGCCCAUUUUUACCACCAGGCUUUAAUUGAACUACUCAACUUAGGCGAGUAGUUUGUGGCUUGGCUCUCCUCUUGCCACUCACCUUUGCCCGAACCUCAAUUGGGAUUUUCAUUACUCAAUUGUUAUUUCGAGUCGUAAUAAAAUGAAAUUAUUAAA